AUGGGGACCGUGGUGUGUCUGGGGGCAGGGGACCCAGCCAUGGCCUGGGAGCGCUGUGUGGCUUUGCCGCUGCUGCUGACGGUGGCAGCCACCCUAGGGCUGGGGCUGGGGCAAUGGCCACAGCCGGAGCCUGGCCAUCCAGGCCCUUGGAACACCUAUGUCUGCAGGAUCAGGGGCCUGCAGCUGCUGCUAUCCCCCAGGCCAGGCCAGACUCUCUGCUUUAAGGUGGUGGAUGAAUUUGGGGAUCAGUUUGCGAUGAACAACUGUUCCAUCUGCUACCACUGGAUUUCCUCCAAGCCGCAUGAGCCUGUCGUCUUCUCUGCAGGUUACAAAGGCUGCCAUGUGCUGGGAAAGGUCAGACAUUCCCACCUGAGGGUGCUUAUAGAGGCUCUGCUGCCUGAUGGCCGUGUGGACGUGGCACAAGACGCCACCCUGAUCUGUCCCAAGCCCGACCACACCUGGACUCUGGGCACCCACGUGGAACCUCCCACGGCCUCCUCACUGUCUGCCCCUCGUCGGCUUCCCUUCCGCCCCACCUCCAGCCACACUUCCCUGGGCUCUGGCCACACCUUCCCCAGCCUGCUGGCCCUCGAGUCCGGAUCUGUCCAUCUGAGCCCGGCCUCACCAUCUCUUGGACCUGAGCCUGCCCGCUCCACCCUGGCUCCACCCCAGUGGAGCACCUUGGACCAAGGGGAAGUUGGUAAGACAGCCCACACAGGCACCCAUCUGACCCAGGAGCAGUGCCAGGUGGCUUCUGGGCGCAUCCCCUGCAUGGUGAGAAGAAGCUCCAAGGAAGACUGUCAGCAGGCUGGCUGCUGCUAUGACAACAGCAGAGCUGUUCCGUGUUACUAUGGCAACACAGCCACCGUCCAGUGCUUCAGAGACGGCCACUCCGCCGUGGUGGUGUCCCGGGAGACAGCCUCAGCACACAGGAUCACGCUGGGCAACGUCCGCCUAGCCUACGCUCCCUCCAGCUGCUCCCCGUCCCAGGAGACAGAAGCCUUCGUGGUCUUCCGGUUCCCCCUCACCAGCUGUGGCACCACGGUCCAGGUGCUUGGCAGCCAGCUCGUCUAUGAGAACCAGCUGGUGUCUGACGUGGACAUCCGCUCGGGGCCGGAGGGGUCCAUAACACGGGAUGGUGCCUUCCGGCUUCAAGUCCGCUGCAUCUUCAAUGCCAGUGAUUUCCUGCCCAUCCAGGCGGCCAUCUUCCCACCCCCCUCGCCCGGCCCGGUGACCCAGUCCGGCCCCCUGCGGCUCGAGCUGCGGAUUGCCAAGGAUGAGAAUUUCAGCUCCUACUACGGGAAGGGGGACUACCCCCUCGUGAGGCUGCUCCGCGAGCCGCUCCACGUGGAGGUCCGGCUUCUGCAGAGGGUGGACCCCCAGCUGGGCCUGGUGCUGCACCAGUGCUGGGCCACUCCCAGCACCAGCCCCUUCCAGCAGCCUCAGUGGCCCCUCCUGGCAGACGGGUGUCCUUUCAACGGUGACAGUUACAGGACCCGAAUGGUAGCCUCGGAGGGGACAGCCCUGCCCUUCCCGUCCCCCUACCAGCGCUUCACGGCUUCCACUUUCACCUUUCUGGAUCCCGGCUCCCAGCAGGCCCUCAGGGGACUGGUUUACUUCUUCUGCAGCGCUUCUGCCUGCCGCCCCUCAGGGCCCGACACCUGCUCCACCACCUGUAGCACUGGGACUGCGAGACUGCGACGAUUCUCGGGUCACCCCCACAAUGCUGCCGGGCCCCAGAACCUUGUGAGCUCUCCAGGGCCGGUGGGCUUUGAGGAUUCUUACGGGCAGGAGCCCACGCUGGGGCCCACAGGUCCCACCGGGAACUCGAAACCGAAGCCUCCACUCUGGGCGGUCGUUCUGCUGCUGGCCGUUGCCCUGGUCCUAGUGGUCAGUGUCUUUCUGGGCCUGAGCCAGACCUGGGCCCGGAAGCUCCAGGAAGGCAACAGAGGGUGAAUGGGCUCAAUAAACCAUUAUCUCAAACUCA